UCAAUGCAAUCACUUGAAUAUUUACAUAAAAAAUUAGAAGAAAGAUGUAGACCAAGAAGCCAUUCUAUGGAGGAUUCAAGACCUAAAAGUGAUUAUCUUCAUCCAAAAUAUUCACUCCCGCCAGCAAAAUGUGGUCCAGAUUGGGAAAUUUUUUUGAAUGAAAAUGGAAUUUUGCGGGCACCUUUAAAAUUUCAUAACAAACAAGAAUUGGACAGAAAUUUUUCGUGA